AUGCCUUACGGUCAAUUAGUGAUUGGACCUCCUGGUUCAGGCAAAACUACAUAUUGCCAUGGCAUGCAACAAUUUCUAUCAACAGCUUGUAAACGUAAAGUCACGGUGGUCAAUUUAGAUCCAGCAAAUGACUCGCUCCCUUAUCAAUGUGAUAUUAAUAUUUCUUCCUUAGUGACUGUCGAAGACACAAUGAAGUUGCUCAAGUUAGGUCCCAAUGGUGGUUUAAUUUAUUGUAUGGAAUAUUUAGAGAAAAAUAUAGACUGGCUGGAAGAUCAGUUGAGUAAAUUCAGCGAUUGCUAUUUCUUAUUUGAUUGCCCUGGUCAAGUAGAAUUGUACACUCACCAUAAAGCGGUCAGAUCUAUUGUAGAACGACUACAGCAGUUAGAUUUUAAGCUGGUUGCAGUCCAUCUCGUCGAUUCACAUUAUUGUACAGAUCCAUCCAAAUUUUUAUCAAUUCUCUUAACAUCCUUGUCUACCAUGCUGCAAAUUGAAUUGCCUCACGUAAAUAUUUUAUCCAAAAUUGAUCUUAUUGAAAGCUAUGGCAAACUAGCUUUCGGUUUAGAUUUUUAUACCGAAGUCUUAAACUUGGACUAUUUAUUGGAACGAAUGAAUGAAGACGCAUUCAGUAAAAAAUAUCGCAAACUCAGUGCAGCUCUGGCUGGGCUGAUCGAAAAUUAUAGUCUAGUCUGGUUUGCUACUUUGAAUAUUCAGGAUAAAGAAAGCGUUGCCAAUGUUGUUAAAAUUAUUGAUAAAGCCAACGGAUAUAUAUUUAAUAAAGCCGACCAUAACAUAGCUGCGUUGAUGUCGUCCGCUGUUGGUGCCGAUUUUGACUACUUUAAAUAUCCUUUAAUAGAAUCUAACAUUAUCUUAAACUAG